CUCGCUCUCAGAAUCAACUAAUUGGUCGCUUUAUUCGAGAUCAGGUUGCCCGGAAUGUCAGGCAGCAAGCGCUGCAGUGUUUGUGGAGUCAUCUUUGCGAACUCUCUUGGUGGACAGCAGAAUAUACCAUGGUAUGCUCAAGCUCGGGCCCUUUACAGAAGGGGGAGAGAAAAGAGCACUUACCUCUCUGGAAUUGGUCGCCCGGGAUACAGUCAAGGUCUUGAAGCCCCUCUCGAUAGUGACUAUUCCUACCGGGAUGUACAAAGACCGCAGCGGAUCGAACUCAUCCAUAAAACUACUACCAUUCUUAGCGACGCUUGGGGAUUUGGCAUACAUGAUGCAUGUUGGAAGAUGCUUUAUUCAAGGAAUAUCCACUAUGCGCAUGCAAUUGACCUUGCAGAGUCAGUUUUUAAUCAGAUUCUAUCUGCACCCCAUUUGGAAGAUGUUUCUACCGAAGGCUACUUCAAUUUAGAAAGAUUCGCCAAGGAUUCACAUGUCAGGAAGGAUCCCUUCGAUGUUCCGUCCCUAGACGAGCUGGAGGCGGCGGCGCCACCAAGGCUCGCUGCGGCGGGCUUGAUUCCGAUCGGAGCGAGUGGCAACUCUCGCCAUUUCAGCAAACUGUCCGUUGAGCUCACUUUCGAGAUCUUGUCCUAUUUGCCUUUUAGCGACCUGCUUCGGCUAAGGCUGGUUUGCCGUGAAUUGGCAGCUAUCAUGUCCUUUGAUGCUCUUCCCAGAUCCUACUGGAGAGACAGAUUCUCAGCGGGUCAAGAGGGGGCGUUUCUCGGUGUUGAUCUUUCGGCCCAGAGAGAUUGGUAUCGACUUUUCCGUGGCACAUUGUCGUUGCUGAAAACUAACAAGUCUCUGCGCAAUCGAAAGCGAAUAUGGCAACGGCUUGACUCGUUUGAGGAAGUUGCAAGAUGCGAGGCGUCACCUGGGAGAACUUCACACGGUUAUGCCCUUGAAAGGGUUGUCACAAACCCCCAAACCUAUACGUAUCAGGUUAUGGACCACAGGUACGACGAUGGCAUACCCGACUGUUUACAGCUCAAGUGUUUCUCAUCUGGGCAUAUUCCGGGACACGGCUAUGAAGACACGGUUGGUGCUUCGGACCCCUGCCACUAUAAGGCAGUUCAACUCGAAUUUCCUACUGGGGGUGGCGAUGGGGAAGUUGAAGUUUCUUUCAUUCAAGUUGGGGACCAAGAGUUUAUAUCCGGUAUGCGGUUUUGGCAUUCGGGAUAUCCUGAAGGGCGUGUCUUGAAGCUUGGAUAUUAUGGCCACGAUAAGACCAGGCGUCUCAGAAUUCCGUAUGCCUCGCAUUUUAAUGCAGUUGAAUUUGCAUUUUCCGUGGGUGGUCUAGUUGGUUUAAGCUUCAAAUUACGCAAUAUUGGAUCGACGCGCUGGAUUGACCAGGGACGGGGUUCGAAUAUCGCCCGUAAGGUCAUGCGCCUUCCCAAGGUCCCGAAGAGAUGCUUUCUCGUAGCAGGUCUUGAUCGAUAUAAAAUCGUCAGCUUAGGGCUUGCUCUACCCGCUGAUGAAGGCGGGCAACAAACCCCGUCUAAUAACAUGACUGUCGAACCUAAAAUAUGGUUUCCGUACGAACCGAGUUGGGGAGUCUUACAAGCAAGUGCUCUCAAACCACCUAAUUCGUUCAACACAUUUACCCCGAGGCUUCACGUCGACUUUGGCGGGCCUGGUGGCGUGUUGCUCAACUGUCUAACAAGACUUUCGUUGCACAUACAUUUAUCACAUCGUGCUUUUGAUCCUUGGCAGCUGGCAGGAAUCAGUUUUCACUUUCUUGACGGGGGUGUGAAAACGCUCGGCUUGAGCGGUGGAGUCGAAAUUUCUAUGCUCAUUGAUGGUCCCGGGGAAGAGCGCAUUACAGCUUUCGAGGUCUCGGCUUACAUACAAUCCCGCUUCUACCGGUACAGGCGCAUAUGUGGACUAAAGUUCUCUACAAACUCCGGUCGCGCUCAAGCUUUCGGAGCAACUACCACCACUGCCAGUGAAUGUAUUCGAAGAUAUGAACAUCAACCCCGGAAGGGGACGUUCAUUACUGGACUCAUUGCUGUGAGACCGCCUGUGGGGAUUCAGUUUGCUAGCUUGGGUGUCCUUACACAAUCAUUGAGUGGACAAGUCCUUCCCACUUCUUCACCGGAUUCCAGGAUGAACCACGACCUGUCACCGGAAAGUGCCGAAGGUGACAAUGAAUCUUCAUUCAUGAUAAAGCCGGUUAAUGCCUUCGCCCCCAGGAAGUGGGUUCAAAGUUACGCCUCACUCAAGGGGGUCCGGAGAAUUCAGGCGUCAAUCGGUCUGCCGGGAAGAUCUCGCUCCCUGUAUGGCAUAUCCGGGUUGAGGGUCGACUAUAAUGAUCACCGAUCCUCUGAAAUUGUAGGCCAGUGGAUGCAUGAACACGAAGUCUUCGAUCUUGGUGAAAAUGAGAAAGUCGUGUGCUUAACCGUCUGGCGGGCCAUUGAACCAUGGCCCAGUCCGAUGAGAGGGGAGAAAGGGCAUGUUAUGGCCGUUCUUAUCGGCACAGACCACGACCGGAGUAAACUGUUUUGCUCACCUUGGGUUUGCCCUCCUUUUGAACAGUGCCUGAGAUUUGAGAUUCAGGUAGCACCAGAUGAGAAAUUCAGCUCUCUUGCAUGGAUGAUGGAUCUGACCACCGACUGGCUUCAACCGGUUAAGUCAACAGAAAAUCCGACACAGUCCUCGAAACCUGAAAUGUCCGAUGAAGAAUCGCAUCAAGAUGUUCCAGACGCGUGUGUCCAAUUUAGACCAAACGUCAACGGCUACGGCAUUGAUAGAGUGAAAGAGGUCUCGGGCUUCUUUGAGGGUGAUAGUAUAAUCGCGUUAGAAUUCAUAUACAACGCAUAUCCUACCCAUUCGGUAGGUAACCAGAACCCGUCAUUACAACGCAACACCAUGAGUAUUCCUCCGAACAGCCGCAUUAUUGGGGUGUCGGCAAAGAUACAUGGCGUGUCUCUCAAAGAUCUGGAGUUCCAUGUUGAAAGUAUAGGAGAAGGCCCGGACAAACCUCAACGGGAAUGGAUACGAUUUCCUAGCUCUAGAGCAUGUCGUUCCUACACUCGCUACAUGUGGAGUAUUCGCGAAGAGACUACCGGCCAGCUGGAAGAUUUGGAUACUUCUAGUCACGUACAGUCUGUUGAAGCGGAAUCCGAGUUCACGUGGGCGAAAUUCUGUAAAGGUAAUGUCGCCAAUCUUACGUUGUCGUGAGCUGCUGUUUUUUUUCUUGACCCGGAGCAAAUUAUUCUAUCUUUUCCCUCUUUAGUUUAUCAGCAGUCAGUUUGUUUCGAAUAACGGGCCAAUAUCUGAGUUCAAAAAUUC